AUGGAGAUUGAUCAAGACGAAGCGUUCAUACCACAGGUUGAAUCGUCGCAUUUUAUAGAGAAGCACAAUCAUCCGCUUGCUACCCCUAGGAAGGUGUGUCCGCCACGUAAAGAGCGCUUGUCCAGGAGUACACAGAGACAAAUAUACCCACAUGCAAACAAGUUAGAUUGUUUGAAUGAUUUUGGUAGUCCCUCUAUGAUGGGCUGUUUGGAGAAAGAUAUCCGAAUUAAUGAAGUAGCGCACUCUGAGACUCCCUAUGAGUUUGAGUGUAGGUUGUCCAAUAGCGAACGAAUUAAGAGUAAUCACGCAUUCAUCAAAAGGUACCUAGACAAAAAAUGUUCAUUGGAUGACUUUUUCACUCGUUUUAGUAGGCUUAUAACGCAUUAG